GAGAGAGAGAGAGAGAGAGAGCGAGACCCCAUGACACGCAGUCCCUGGAGACCCAUGGAGUGAGACAGCGGGUAAUCCCAGGGUAAAGGACCACUCCAACCCUGCGCGGCUGAUAUUAACAGCUGUAGGCUAUAUUUUCCAUGCCGGUGGGGUCGAAUGAGUGGGUGGAUGUCUGGACAGAACACAGGAAUUGAUCUCUUGAUUGGGUGGCUGAGCUGCGUUUGGGACUCAGGAGAAACGGGGUCACGUUGAGAAUAGCAGCCAACUCAAUGGAUUUCAUACGCGCAGAAUGAACCGCCAAAAGGGAAAGAUGGGACACGGGCACGCCGGCGACUUUAUUGGGGUUUUGUGGAAUCGACGCAGCGGCACUAUGGAUAAUUUAUUCUAUCUGAGCGGCUCAGAAAGCCUUCGUGUCGUCACAGAGAUGAAGUUAUGUGAGCUGAGUUUACAGUAGAAUGGCCCUCCUCGGAUGGGACUCUGAGGGAAGGCGAUGGCAACUUUUCACCACAGCAACCCAACGGAUAGAGACAUCAGGAGAGUCCUCCAAAAACUUAUAAUCAUUCUAUCUUCGGGAAUCAUCUGUGUCUCGCUCUUCUACUUCUUCACGGGAUGCUGCGAGUCGGACCUAACGGAAAACUCAGUAUCGGACAGACCCGCCAGCGAUGACAGAAACCUGACGUUCUAUAACUACGUUGUAACGGUACAGGAUGAAGAUGGAUACCCAGGGACCGGGGAGGGGAGCACACUGACGCCCGGUUUGGAGACUGAUAACACGGGUAAAGAUUGGAAGGCGACCCGGCGGUUACCCCAAGCCCUUAUAAUAGGAGUGAAGAAGGGUGGCACGAGGGCUUUGCUGGAGUUUCUCAGGCUGCACCCGGAUAUCCGCGCGCUGGGCUCUGAGCCGCACUUCUUUGACCGGCAUUACGCACGAGGCUUGCACUGGUACAGGAGUAUGAUGCCCAAGGCCUUGGACGGCCAGGUUGUCAUGGAGAAGACACCGCGUUACUUUGUUACCGUGGAGACCCCGGGGCGUGUACACUCCAUGUCGCGUGACGUGAAGCUGAUUGUGGUGGUCCGAGACCCUGUGACCCGGGCCAUCUCUGACUACACCCAGAUCAUCUCCAAGACCCCCCACAUCCCUGCCUUCGAGACCCUCGCCUUCAAGAACCGCACCAAUGGUGAGAUUGACUCUCUAUGGAGCCCUCUGUGGAUCGGACUGUACGCCCAACACCUGGAGCGCUGGCUGGCCUGGUUCCCCCGGGCCCAGAUCCACCUGGUCAGUGGGGAGGGCCUCAUCUCCGACCCGGCAGGAGAACUAGGAAAGGUCCAGGACUUCCUGGGCCUCCAGAGGAUUGUGACGGACAAGCACUUCUACUUCAAUAAGACUAAAGGUUUCCCCUGCCUGAAAAAGCCGGAGGGAAGCAGCAAGCCCCACUGCCUGGGGAAGACUAAAGGCCGAACACACGCCCCCAUCGACCCUGAAGUGAUCCGGAGACUGAGGGAGUUCUACAGGCCGCACAACCAGCGGUUCUAUCAGAUGGCUGGCCAGGACUUUGGAUGGCAAUGAGGACUCAGCAGAGUUAACAAGGUGAAACAUGAAUCCAUAGCAACAAAGACACCGAGGGGUAUUUGUCCGUCGGCUUCAGUUGGCACUCUGUACCUGUUACUGUGACUUGGGGCAAAGAGUCAUGAAAUAACCUCAUACUGUUGAUACAGAAGUGGCUCUGUGCUAGGAACUAAAUCCAAUGUUGAUAGACCUCUGGGUAGCGAGGGAAACAAAUAUCAGACAUUCCAUAUUGGUGACAGUGCUGAAAGACCAUCUCUAUGCUAGUUCCCUUUCAGCAUCGAAUAGAUGUUCAACAAAAAGAAAGUGGCACUUGAAGCUGGAAUCUUUAGUUGCUACAUCCAUUUUUGGAGUUGUAAAUUAAUGAUGUAUACCCAUUGAGUCUUGAAGAAUAAAACGUGCCUCAUGAGCUUAGUUCAACUGUCAUGUCCUAUCAGAACCCAAAAUACAAGCUUGUUUUACUCCAAUGUUUGUAAACGAUGUCAAUAUAAACAAACACAGCAUAGCCUCCAAACAUGGUUAAAACUAUAAUUUGCCUACAAAGGCAAAACGCAUUAAGUACAUAUUUGGUCAACAUUGAGUUAAGACUGAAAUCAGGCUUUGUAGUAUCUGUUUGAUACUGUGUCCUGGUUCAAUUAUGUUCCAUUUUGAGAGAAAAUGGGAGUGAGAAAUUUGCAGUAACUGCAAAAUCCAAGUCAAAAACCCAGGAUUUCACUUUGAUCCACUAUAUUUGGACUGCAGUUACCUGCUCUGCCAUACAAAGGCAAAGAGCAGUAACUAUGCAAACAGUGAAACUGAGAAAAAUGGCUUUAAAGUUGAUUUGCUGUCCAGCCAAAUAUGUUGUAGGUAGGCAAGUGAUAAUGCAAGUGAUAAUGCAUUAUCUUAUUAUGAAGUCAUUUUUUAAUGCAUUACAACCAUGACCACUGAUUUGUGACCCCGAAGUCAAAUAAAUGACCAUACAAAGUCAAACAGAAAAACAAUGAGUUGGAUAAACAUAUUCAGGUUGUAUAUACCGCACAAAGUCAAAAAUGUUUUGGAAGUAUCACCAUUCUGCGAGUGGAAAUAGUCCUAACCUUAAGGGUUAUCACAAUAGAACAUACAAAACAUGCAAACAUAACUACAUUACACCAUUAAAUACAGUUGGGAUGUAGUUAGAACUCAAUCUCAAACUGUUUCCAUCAAACAGAAAAACAAGAAAAGUUGGAUAAAGACAUUUACAUUGUAGAUACUGCACUUUGCCUUUGCAUUAGUUGUUUAAGGUCAUACAAAGGCAGAGUGCAGUAUCUGCAUUUUAGGGGUCAUAGGUCAAGUCAGUGGUCAUGGUUGAUACGCAUACAAAUCACUACGUAAUAAGAUGGUGUGGCAGUGCAUUAUCACUUAUCUACAGUGCUUGGUUUGUAAAUCGGGAGGUGCCGGAAACAAAACGUUUAGUAGAGGCACUUGCAGAAGUUGUACACAU